AUGACGAUGGCCAAUGGGGAAGUGCAUUGGGUGCUCCCCCUCGUGCUCUGGCGCCGUUGGGCCGGGCACAACCGUUGGUCCAAGGUUCGCAACGUCAAAGGGGCGCGGGAUGGGGCCCGCAGCCGCCUCUUCCAGCGCCUGGCCACCAUGCUGCGCGCCGCCGCACGAGAAGGGGGUCCGGACCCGGCGCUCAACUCCCAAUUGGCCAACGUGGUGGAGCAGUGCAGGGCCAAGAACAUGCCCAAGGCCUCCAUUGAGGCGGCCAUCCAGGGCGCGCCGCCCCCCACAUCGGCCUCUCGCCUCCUGUACCAGGCCCGUGCCCCUGGGGGGGUCGCGUUGCUCCUCUGGGUCCUGACCUCCAACCCCCGCCGCAGCCAGCACCACGUGGGCCUCAUCCUCAGCCGCUAUGGGGGGACGCUCUCGGACGGCGCCCGCCACGGCUUCGAGGAGAAGGGGGUGGUGCGUGUGGGGCACAGGGACGCUAUGGGGCGCGCUGUGGGGCUGGAGGGGGCCCUGGAGGUGGCGCUGGAGGCCGGGGCGCAGGACGUGUGCGAGGAGGAGGAGGAGGAGGAGGAGGAAGAGCCCGGCUUGAAGUUCCUCUGCUCCCCCUCCUCAUUGGCCGCCGUCCGGACCCACGUGGAGGCCUCGGGGCUCCUGGUUCUCUCGGCCUCGGUGGAGUUCACCCCAUUGAUCCGUGUGGGGCUGCCCCCCGAGGCCCAGCUCCGGGCCCGGGGCCUGCUCCGCGCCCUCCGAGCCUGCCCCGACGUCCUCCGCGUCUUCCACAACGUCCAAUGGGAGCCCUCCGUGCGGGCCGACCAAUGA